UGCUGUUGGAACGGCUGGACAACGGUGUACUACAGCUUGAAGAUUGGUAUUUAUUAUUACGGAGUUUUGUAUUACAAAUUUCAUAUAUUAUUUGUUUUAUUAGAUUGUUCAUGAAAAAUUAUAUGAUGAAAUGUUAGAACGAUUAGGCAAAGCUUAUCAACAGAUUGAAUCGAGAGUGGGUGAACCAUUAUUGAAAGAAAAUGUUUUAUAUGGUCCGUUACAUACAAAAAAAAGUGUUCAAAUGUAUGUGGACGUAUUACAAGAUGUAAAAAAACAAGGUGGACAUAUUUAUUAUGGAGGAAAAGUAUUGAAAGGUGAUGGCAAUUUUGUUGAGCCAACAAUCGUAACGAAUUUAUCUCAUGAUGCUGAUU